AAAUUUGUUAUAACCCAAAAUCGAUAAACACAAUUUGAAAUCGAACCAUAGACCCGAAUGGACACCCAUGAGUCAAAUCCACUUAUCUAUCAAAACUCUAUUUACCAAAACAUCUUCACUUCUACUAUCACACUGAGAGAGUGAGAGCAACCCGGCGUUCCAAAACCCCCAAUCCUCCGGCCUCCAUUUCAUCCCCCCUCUCAAACAAUCCCCAAACUUCACCACAAAAAAAAUCUUAACACCCACUUCAACUCCACCCCCCUAAAAGAAGCGGGAACCUUGAAAACCUCCAUUAACAACAAUGGGAGCAAGCAGUGAACCAUCAUCAAUGAACCCAGAACCCUUCUCCUCCGACGACCAACAAAAACAACGCUCCGAAAUCUACACUUACGAAGCACCAUGGCACAUCUACUCCAUGAAUUGGAGCGUUCGUCGCGACAAAAAAUACCGUCUCGCAAUCGCCUCCCUCCUCGAACACUCCCAAAACCGCGUCGAAAUCGUUCAACUCGACGAUUCCACCGGCGAAAUCAAAGCUGACCCUUCUCUCUCCUUUGACCACCCUUACCCACCCACCAAAGCAAUCUUCACACCCGACAAAGAUUGCUCCAAACCCGAUUAUCUCGCUACUUCCUCCGAUUACCUUCGAAUCUGGCACAUCAAUUCAGAUUCCAACUCUGUUGAGCUCAAAUCUCUUCUUAAUGGGAAUAAAAAUUCCGAGUAUUGUGGUCCUUUAACCUCGUUUGAUUGGAAUGAGGCUGAACCGCGUCGUAUUGGGACUUCUUCGAUUGAUACGACGUGUACGAUUUGGGAUAUUGAGAGGGAAACUGUUGAUACUCAAUUGAUUGCGCAUGAUAAGGAGGUUUAUGAUAUUGCUUGGGGCGGUGCUGGGGUUUUUGCGUCGGUUUCGGCUGAUGGGUCUGUUAGGGUUUUUGAUUUGAGGGAUAAAGAACAUUCGACUAUCAUUUACGAAAGUUCUGAGCCUGAUACUCCUUUGGUUAGACUAGGGUGGAAUAAGCAAGACCCUAGAUAUAUGGCUACUAUUAUAAUGAAUAGUCCUAAGGUUGUUGUGUUGGAUAUUCGGUUUCCGACGCUUCCGGUGGUGGAGUUGCAGAGGCAUCAAGCUAGUGCUAAUGCUAUUGCUUGGGCACCUCAUAGUUCUUGUCAUAUUUGUACUGCUGGUGAUGAUAUGCAGGCUCUGAUUUGGGACUUGUCUUCAAUGGGGCAGCCUGUGGAAGGUGGGUUGGACCCCAUUUUGGCGUACACGGCUGGGGCCGAGAUUGAGCAGCUUCAGUGGUCGUCGUCUCAGCCUGAUUGGGUUGCCAUAGCUUUCUCUAAUAAGCUUCAGAUUCUCAGGGUUUGAUUGGUAGAGUAGAAAAUUGAUUGGAGAUAAGUAUAGCAUAUAAUUAAUUGUUUAUGGAAGGAAAAAAUGUUAUUUGGUUGUUGCUAUUGUGUUUCUGUUGUGUUUUGUGCUUAAUAAUGUUGGCAUAGUAAGGUAGUGUUUAGGUUUGGAUGAUUAGUGACUAUGUUAUGAUGUUAUGUUUAGCAUAGUUAGUGAGUCUUUGAUGAAUUGUGUUCUGUUUGUUUGACUGUAUUGGAAAAAUAAAAGUAAAAAAAUGUGGUGUGAUGUUGCAGAACGAAAUUAUAGACUAAAAUAGGACAUCGAUAUUGUUGCUGAUUAUGUUUGGGAUUAGUAUACAUGUGACAUAGAAAGAAUGGUUGUCCUAGAAAUGAGUUGAAUUUAAACACGUUGAGGUGUGUUGUAAUGUUGAAGUUGGACUGAUGCUGAAAUCUGAAAGCAGUUGCAAAUUUUAAAGUUUGCUUCUUCAAUGCUUGUUUGUAGUUACAAUGGAUAGAUUAUCUGCUGUGCUCUUUGAUGCUAACCUCACUAAGCUUGAGUGGCUGAAGCAUAUAAAUGUCAUGGAUUACCAGUUUCUGGUGGAGGUUACAAUUUACUGAAUGCCCUGGGAAUAUGUUUCAGUUUUCACUGAUGUGCUACAUGCUGUUGUUACUUGUAAUAUUUGCAUGUUGCCGAACCGCCUAUAAGUCUAUAACUCGACUAUGCUCAAUUCUGUUGCUGAAGCCUGAAGUGGACUAUAGCUUGAAGAUGCUCAAUUCUAUGUUAUUGCCUGGCCUACAAUGCCCUGCACCAUCACAUCCGGCCACAUACGAGUAUCAUACCAUGCCCAAUAACCAGGCUAGCCAUGCCUUUUGGAGUUAUGUGGCAGUCAAUUCUUUAACCACGGAUUUUAAAAUUUAUGUCUGCGACCUGUCUUGAUUUGGUCAUCAUGCAGCCAUUGUGCCUCGUCUGCCUAGCUCAGAUUUAAACUUGUGCGUCCUUGUGAGAGCUACGGUGUAUUAAUUAAGCCUGUGUGUAUUGUUAUUACUAACGUAUGCGACUAUGCUCUCAUUAAAUGUGUAUUAUUCCCUUUAAUCAUCA